AUGCAGGUUUUCUUCAUCUUCUUUUUGGCUUUAUUUCUCUUUCUGCCUUCCCUUUUGUUACUUAGGAAGAGACUCAAAAGCCAUGAAACUCAAAAACCAUUACCUCCUGGUCCAGCAAAGCUCCCAUUUAUUGGGAAUUUGCACCAAAUGUUUGGUUCACUCCCUCACCACACUCUCCGAAAAUUAUCACAAAAAUAUGGUCCGUUGAUGCAUUUGCAACUAGGUGAACUUUCCACAGUUGUUGUAUCAUCCCCGAAAUUCGCGAAAGAAGUCCUACAAACCAAUGGUCUCGCAUUUGCAAAUCGGCCAAAGCUAACCCUAGGCAAAAUAUUCUCGAAUAAUUGCUUGGGAUUCGUCGCUUUUGUUCCUUAUGGCGACCACUGGAGACAAAUGCGCCAAAUCUACGCCGAGGAACUCCUCAACGCCAAAAGCAUGCGAUCAUCUUUGAGUGUUUUCGAGGAUGAACUUUCUAAGAUGGUGUUAUUAAUGCAAUCCCAGAAGGCCGGAAAGCCAAUUAUUUUGGGCGAAGCAAUUUUAUCAUUAAAUUCAACCAUCUGCAGGAUGAUCGUUGGGAGGAAGAUAUCUGGAGAAGAUCAGGAGGCAUUGACUUCAGCAGCGCGUGAAACCGGAUCGCUCGGUGGAGUUUUCAAUCUUGCGGAUAUUUUCCCUUCAUCAAUGGUUGUCAAAUUCAUUGUUGCAAUGAAACCUUACAAGUUAGCAAAGCUGCGGAAAAAAAUCGAUGGCAUCCUCGAAUAGAUCAUCCGCAGUCUUGAAAUAAACAGGACUAAUAAUAGUAAUUCUUCUUCGGAGGAAGAUAUGCUGGAUGUUCUCUUAAGGCUUGAGAAAAAUACUCAAUCUCACUUCUCUAUCACCCGGAAUCAAAUCAAAGCCAUGAUAUUCGUAAGCCCUUUUAAAAUUCUUUCCUCC